CCAAGGCAAUCCUUGCAGACUGUGUGCAUCCCAUCACUGAGGACCAGAAUCAGAUUAAAAUAUUGGGAUUCCUCCCACCGAAAUUCUGACCGUUAGCAAGCAGGAUGGGAGACCAAAAGGAAGAGUUAAGGACAAUUAUCACCACCCUGGCUUUAAAAAAUGAGGAGACUCACAAUUUUAUCUACAGUCUGAAACAGAUGUUAGAGAAUGUGGAGAAUAAUUCUACCAGAGCCCAGACUGAAUUGGAAGGAGAAUUCCAGUCCCUGUACAGCUUGUUGGAUGAGCUGAAAGAGGGUAUGUUGAUGAAGAUCAAACAGGAGCGUGCGAGCCGGACAUAUGAACUUCAGAAUCAGCUGACGGCAUGCAGCAAAGCCCUUGAGAGCUCAGAGGAACUCUUGGAGACUGCUAACCACACACUGGCAGCCUGUGUAACUGAUGGCUUUUCUCAGGCUGCCAAGCAAAUAAAGGAUAGCAUUACCAUGGCCCCGGCAUUUCGUCUUUCCCUGAAGGCCAAAGUUACUGAUAAUAUGAGUCACUUAAUGGUGGAUUUCACCCAGGAGAGGCGUCUGCUUCAAAAUCUACGUUUCCUUCCCGUGCCCAGCACUCCAGAGAUUGUCGCACCAGAGUGCCUUGUGGCCGAUAACUGCGUUCACUUGGUCUGGAGAAUGCCGGAGGAAGAGGAGUGCGGAAUACAGCAUUACCUUCUAGAAUAUCGUAAAACUAACUUUGCCGGACCGGCCCGUCCUAAGGAGGAACAACCAUGGAUGGUGGUUGAAGGCAUACAGACAACUGAAUACACACUGUCUUGUCAACGAUUCGACAUGAAAUAUAUGAACUUCAGGGUCAAAGCCUGUAACAAAGCUGUGAGUGGGGACUUUUCAGAAGUUGUCACACUGGAAACUUCAGCUUUCUGGUUUCGUUUGGAUUCUGGAAGCUCUCAUCAAAACCUAAAAGUGGAGGACACGAGUGUAGAAUGGGAUGCCUUGGGUGGCAAAGUUCAGGAAGUAAAGAAUCGAGAGAAAGAGGGAAAGGGGAGGAGUGCCUCACCGUGCAAUUCUCCUGCCAGGUGCGUCCAAUCUCCAAAAAGAACAUCAUCUCUCCGCGGAGGCAGAGACCGAUUUACAGCGGAAUCCUACACCGUAUUAGGUGACUGUUUGAUAGAUGAUGGAGAGUGUUAUUGGGAAGUCCGCUUUGACCUGGACAGUAAGGCCUUUGCAGUGGGAGCGACAUACCGCAAUUUAGGAAAAUUUGACCAGCUGGGAAAGACGUCCGCCUCUUGGUGCCUUCAUCUCAAUAACUGGCUGCAGGUGGCAUUUACCGCUAAACAUGCGAACAAGGCGAAAGUGCUGGAUGUUACAGUUCCAAAUAGGAUCGGGGUGUAUUGCAACUACCAGGAGGGUAUAUUAUCUUUCUAUAACGCUACCAACAAGCAGUUGCUGCACACCUUUCGGACAAAGUUCACACAACCUCUUCUGCCAGCAUUUAUGGUUUGGUGUGGCAAUUUCUCUGUGUAUACUGGACUCCAGGUCCCCAGUUGCGUGAGAAGCUUUCAGAAACGCAACAGCACUACAAGCAGUUCUACAACAAGUCUUUCCUGA